AUGUGCUUCUAUUUCCAGAAGCAGAAUGCAGAUGACGAAAAUAAAGAGAGAGACCAGUGUGAACAAACGAACACAACAGGCCGGUUUGACUUUGACCGUCGAGUUCUGUGUUUGUGUAAACUGACAGAGGAAAGCUGUAGAGUUCUGUCCUCAGUUCUCAGCUCAAACUCCUCCAGACUGAGAGAACUGAACCUGAGUAACAAUAACCUGCAGGAUUCAGGAGUGAAGCUGCUCUCUGCUGGACUGGAGAAUCCACACUGUACACUGGAGACACUGAGGUUGUCUUUCUGCAGUAUUACAGGUGAAGGUUGUGCUGCUCUGGUUUCAGCUCUGAGGUCAAAUCCCUCAUCGCACCUGAGAGAACUGGAUCUGAACCGCAAUAAUCCAGGAGAAUCAGGAGAGAAGCUGCUCUCUGAUCUACUGAAGAAUCCGCACUGUACACUGAGUCUCACACACACAGGAUGA